CGGGCAAAACCGAAGAAGAAACACUGGUAGUUGACUGAAGUGUGGAGAAGUCGGACUCACACUACUCACAGAGCAAAGAUGCAGACACCAGCGGAGUCCAUCCUCCACAGCGGCUACUUCCACCCGACGCUCCGAUCCUGGCAGACCUGUGCUGCUGAUUUAAGACCUGACAAUCUCAUCUACCCCAUCUUUAUCACAGACAGUGCAGAUGCAGUGGAGCCCAUUGGCAGCCUGCCGGGACAGGCCAGGUACGGGGUGAACAAGCUAGAGGGAAUGUUGUGGCCGCUUGUGGAGAACGGCUUGAAAUGUGUGCUGAUUUUUGGAGUCCCUGCAAAAAUAGAAAAGGACGACAGAGGUUCAGGUGCCGACACAGACGACACGCCGGCUGUUCUAGCAGUGAAAAAGAUCAGAUCUUUGUUCCCGGAGCUGCUGGUGGCGUGCGAUGUCUGCCUGUGUCCCUACACGUCACAUGGACACUGCGGUAUCCUGAACGAUGACGGUACUCUGAACAAUGACGCCAGCUGUCUGCGUCUGGCAGAAGUGGCGCUGGCCUAUGCCCGAGCUGGCUGUCACAUCAUCGCUCCCUCUGAUAUGAUGGAUGGAAGAGUCCGAGCGAUAAAACAAGCCCUGAUAUCCAAUGGUCUGGGAAACAAGGCCUCAGUGCUGAGCUACAGUGCAAAGUUUGCCUCUUGUUAUUAUGGUCCUUUCAGAGACGCUGCGCAGUCCAAACCUGCGUUUGGGGACAGACGCUGCUACCAGCUGCCUCCUGGAGCGAGAGGACUCGCCGUUCGGGCUGUGGAGCGAGAUGUGAGAGAGGGAGCAGAUAUGCUGAUGGUGAAACCAGGUCUGCCGUAUCUGGACAUCGUGAGAGAAGUCAAGGACAAGUUCCCGACUCACCCCCUGGCGGUGUACAACGUGUCGGGGGAGUUUGCCAUGAUGUGGCACGGAGCGCAGGCCGGAGCGUUCGACCUGCGGGCUGCUGUGAUGGAGGCCAUGACCGCCUUCCGCAGAGCAGGUGCUGACAUCAUCAUCACCUACUACACACCUCAGCUGCUCAGCUGGUUGAAGGAGUAAAGAGCCAAAAUCUGAGGCCAAAGGACGAAUGGACCUAGAGACGGACCAACAGACAGACAGACCCCUUUAAAAAGUACAAACCUGCUGUUGACUCAAUCUAACACAAAGCGCUUUGGGAAACAAAAUGUAUUAAAGCAAGCAACCUGUUUAUUCUUAGGCCUUUUUUUUUAGACUUUUUCUGUUAUAAAAAUUCAAAUAUCGGUAUGCACAUGUUUAUCAGGUUGAUUAUUUUUAAAGAGUAAAGUUAUUUUUUCUGUUUACACUUUUAAAGGGCUAAUAGGGAACUGAAAACAGAAUGUAAAAGCUGACAAUCUUGUUAGUUUUUUGGCAGGAAGUGUCUCCUAUGUGUCAUUGGGAUCAGCAUUAAAUGAAGUCUCUCUUUACUAAUGUGAUUAUGGAAUGUAUAUUUGUAUGAAUUUUGGCCAUAAAAAUGUCUCAUAUAUAUGUUACUGCUGCCUGAGCUCUUGCACUGUCAUCCCUUAACAAGCUCUUAUUGACCAGAGGGAAUAAAAUCAUUCAUUAGAGCUA